GGUAUUCUUCUAGCAUUAGUCAUAUUAUUGUAAACACCAGAGAAAUGUCUGCGAUUCUAUACACAAAUAUUGCCUCGGGAUGGAAAUUGUGUACCAGUUCAAGCUUCAGUCAAGGCACUCUUCUUGGGGUGUUGUCACAAAGUUUUCACACAACACAAGUGGUAGGUAAGGUGCAAUCUGGACGCUACAAGAUCACAAGGAACAGGUCAAAGCCCCUGACCUAUGAGAUGGCCAAUCAACCCUGCCAGAUUGCACAUAGGAAGUCUUGGAAUAGCUGGAACACAACAAGCUUGUAUGAGGGACAGCGGGAACCAGAAACGGUUGUGGAAGACAUCUUUAUUCGCAAGUUCAUGACAGGCACUUGGCAUAACUUGUUUGUUUCAGAGGUUGUUAUCAAAAGGCAACACAACACGAUCCGUAUUGCUGGCAUCGUGCAACAGAAAAUAGCUGCUCGAAAGAUGUACUUCCUUAUUGGUUAUUGUGAAGAGAUUCUUUCCUACUGGUUGAAGUGUCCUGUUAAAUUGGAAUUGCAAACUGUAUCUGACAAAACAGAUGUAAUACAUAAAUACAUAUAGUUUAUUGCAAUGAUGUCUCAUGUUUAAUUUUAAAAGAAAAUGUAAAUUCUCCACCUAGUAGGCAAACAAAUAAACAGUUAUUUCCAGUAC